AUGGGCACAGCCGCACAUGCUGACUGUGGCUUUCUCACCGUGCUUCUACAUAACCAAAUCGGUGGCCUUCAAGUCCUCUAUGAAAAUCAAUGGAUGGACGUUGCCCCAACUCCCGAAGCUCUUGUCGUGAACAUAGGAGAUUUAGUUCAGAUUAAGUCCAUCUCAUUAUCUCAUUACCAACAACAACUCAAGGGCUCAAGAAUCUCAGUAGCAAGUAUUUUCAGAACAAGUUCUUUGCCGGAGUAUAACUGGAGGCUGUAUGGUUCAAUUAAGGAGUUGGUAUCGGAAGAAAACCCACCACUCUAUCGCCAAAUUACCAUACCAGAAAUGAUCGCUCAGUUUCGCUCAAAAAGAACCGCAGGAGUGUCUGCAUUGGCACCCUUUAAACUCUGA